AUGGUCAGCAUCAUGCUAGGGCCGACGAUCCUCCGCGCUCCAUCCGCCGUGACGGCCGUGCCCCUGUCCCACGCGGCGCUGGGUCCCGCCGGGGCGCGGCCACCCCUGGUGCUGCUCCACGGGCUGUUCGGCAGCCGCGGCAACCUGCAGACGGUGGCCAACGUGCUGGCACGACGCAGCGGCGCCCAGGUGCUGACGCUGGACGCCCGCAACCACGGCAGCAGCCCCCACAGCCCGGUGAUGACCUAUGAGGCGAUGAGCCUGGAUGUGCAGCAGCUCCUGGCCCGCCUGGGCAUCGCCAAGUGCAUCGUGCUGGGGCACAGCAUGGGUGGCAAGACGGCCAUGGCGCUGGCCUUGCAGCGGCCAGACCUGGUGGAGCGCCUUAUCUCCGUAGACAUCAGCCCUGUCUCAACCACGCUUGUCUCCGAGUUCGCUGCCUACAUCUCUGCCAUGAAGUCAGUGAACGUCCCGGCUGGCCUGUCCCGCUCUGCAGCCCGCCAGCUGGCAGACAGUCAGCUGAGUCCAGUGGUCCAGCACCCUCAGCUGAGGCAGUUCCUUCUCACCAACCUGGUGGAGGUGGAGGGCCGCUAUGUCUGGCGUGUGAACCUGGAGGCUAUCUCCCACCACUUGGAAGAUAUCAUGAGCUUUCCUGUCUUCCACAAGCCGUACCCUGGCCCUACACUCUUUUUGGGAGGAUCCAACUCACCCUAUAUCAGUUCCGAAGACUAUCCAGAGAUCCAGCGCCUCUUUCCCAAGGCAGAUAUCCAGUUCAUCGAAGGUGCAGGUCACAUAGUCCAUCAAGAUAAAUUUGAAGAAUUCAUCACCACUGUCCUCAAGUUCCUGCCACCACCAUAGCACUGGGGACCAGGGUUUCUGCAAGCAUCGUGUGAGACCUGAGGAGCCCUGGGCAGUGGUGCAGGGCUCCUGGGCUCUGGGAAGAGAGGCUCAGCCCAGACCAGCUGCCCCCUUUGCAGUCCUGGGACUUCUCCCAUCCCUGCACACAUGGAGCCGGAGCUGAGACACACUUCCGUGUCCAUCCCUCUGAGCUGUCCUGCAAGCUCACUCGGACUCCAGUGGCACUGGCCCAGGCUGCAGCCUGCCUGCACUGCAGUGCUUCAGACACUAGGAGGGGGCGGGAGGGUCCUCUCCUUCCCUGCGGCCAGACCACCUGGUAGUGGAGCCACAGAACUUGCAAUAAACCUGACUCCAUGCCAAGGUAGAGAA